UUCAUCGCCGCUUCCGCAGAAUCACAUGAACAGAACCGACAGAAGAGAAGAGAAGUGAUCACUCCAUCAUUCUAUCAGUUCUCUCUCAGUGCUGCUGCUGUCCAGUGCUGUAUUGUAGAGAUGACAUGAACAGGUCAGAGCUGGACUGGGAUCUAAAGGGACACAAAUGGGUAGGUCAUCCUUUGUUGGACAAUGUUCUGGCCCAAAGACCUUUCUGUUAUGGAUGGGGUUCUCAGUGAUACUCGGUGCUGAUUGUGUCUGGAGUGCCCUGGAGAGGAAGUGAUUUGGUCUGUAUUUCUCCUUUGCAUUCCCAGUGCCAUGGUUCUUUCAAAAAAACAUCUUUUUGAUAUCAUUCAUUGUCCGAGCUGUAGGAUUUGCAAACACAGCCGGUGGCUAGACGAGAUGUUUUCCCUUGCUUCUGCAUGGGGCUAGAAGGUCCAUAAACAGUGACAUUGUCUCUAUAUCAAUGGUUUGAGCUCAAAUUACGGACCUCCUCAUAAAUUAACCUCCAAAGUACUGAGGGAUCGCCUCAUUCACCAGGCUGCAUGAGCUACACGUAUUGGAGAUAGACAUGGCGUCCUUGUCGUUUUAUAAAUAAGUGACUUGCUCUGAGCUCUGGAGAGAGGUGUACUCGUGCUCCAUGGCAUGGGUGAAGCUGUUCAGGAAGCCGGGAAACGGUGGCUUUGGUGCUGGUGCAGGAGGGGUCACAGGUCCAGGCUUGGGGAAAUCAUAUCAGCCAGGAAGCAUGCUCUCACUGGCGCUCACCAAGGGUCUGCUGAACGAACCAGGCCAGAACAGCUGCUUCCUCAACAGUGCUGUGCAGGUUCUCUGGCAGCUGGACAUCUUCAGGAGGAGUCUGAGACAGCUCUCAGCUCAUUUCUGCCUCGGGGAUGCAUGCAUCUUCUGCGCUUUAAAGAGCAUCUUCAGUCAGUUCCAGCAGAGUCGGGAGCGAGUGUUGCCCUCAGACUCGCUGCGGCACGCGUUGGCCGAGACUUUUAAAGACGAGCAGCGUUUUCAGCUUGGACUCAUGGACGACGCUGCUGAAUGUUUUGAGAACAUCCUCGAGAGAAUUCAUCUGCACUUAGUGUGUGAUUCAGGGGAAAGUUGUACCUCCAGGUCCUGUAUCACGCACCAGAAGUUCUCCAUGACUCUGUAUGAACAGUUUGUGUGUCGCAGUUGUGGAGCAUCGUUGGAUCCUCUGCCCUUCACAGAGUUAGUGCACUACGUGUCCACUACGGCCCUCUGUCAGCAGGUGGAGCGUGUGUUGGAGAGGACAGACAGAUUGCGCUCUGAUAUGUUCAGUGAACUGUUGCAGGCAGCAAACACCAUUGGAGAUCUGCGCAACUGCCCUAGUAACUGUGGGCAGAACAUCAAGAUCCGCAGAGUGCUAAUGAACUGCCCUGAGAUCGUCACCAUCGGCUUCGUGUGGGAUGCAGAACAGUCUGAUCUGACCGAGGACGUGAUCCGAUCUCUCGGCCCUCAUCUCAACCUGUCAGGGCUUUUCUACAGAGUUAUUGAUGAAAAUGCUAAGAAUCGAGAGCUUCACCUUGUGGGAAUGAUCUGCUACGCAAGCCGUCAUUACCUCGCCUUCGCCUACCACAGCAAGUCUUCCAAAUGGAUGUUCUUUGAUGACGCCACAGUGAAAGAGAUUGGCUCAAAAUGGAAGGAUGUUGCAUCAAAGUGCAUCCGAGGACAUUUCCAGCCACUUCUUCUGUUUUACAGUGACCCUGAGGGCAGCGCUGUGUCCAAUGAAGAUGCCCCGCGACAGACCACCAUGUGGUCCCAGUACAAAUCUGCCCUCAAUGGGGAAGGGCCAGGGCCAAAGAGACUUGAUGGAGGAAGAGAAGCUGCAGCAUCACUGCGCAUUAAUCACAAACACACACUGCAGUCAGCCGGUCGAUUUAAAGUUUAUCCUGACAGUCCAAGAGAGACAUUAAAUGGAACCGAGAGAGCGAGACGAGAGACUGACCGAGUCCAUCGCAGAGCUGAGUCACUUCAACACAAAGAUGUGACAUAUAUAGCAUCAUCAUCAUCUUCUUCUGAGAACAGCACUCGACCCCACUCUGACCAGAGAACACAGAAAAUGCCCUGCCCAGACCACUCAGAUGGCUCUGCCCCCCACAUGAGAAUUGUCGGAGGAUCGUUUGGAAAGCCAAAGCCGUCAUGGCGUCCUGUGCGUGAAGUUCUGAACGUGGACAGAGUUCUGAGUGAACUGGAGCACAGACGACAGCAGCAUCAAGUCCAUGGAAGUCCACGCUGUAACCGGCAUCAGGAGAGGGUACCUUCCCAGCACAGGCCUCGAGGACUCAUGACCAUCUACGAGGACGAGACGAGGCCGGAGACAGAGAGCCGCAAAUCUCAUGACUCUCGACGUGACAGAACCUCAGCGGUAAACAGAACAGACCACUGGACCAUCCAGAGGACGGAGUCAGGGUAUGAGAGCAGUGACAGGCUAAGCAGCGGUUCUGCAAAUGCUGAGUCUCCAGGAGUAGAGAACCUGCUGGGGAAGGAGACACGAGGAACCGAGCGACAUCAGCUCAGGGCUCCAGGUCACACUCACGUGGACAAUAAAGCAGAGGUGGUGUGUUCACCAAUGAUUCACACUAAACAUCUGCUGAAGUUUCCGGCCCGAAACGCUGAGAAUCUGCUGAAAGGAAGUCCAAAUGUGAGGAGGAAGCAGAGAUACUCUUCAUCAGAGUGUAACAGCUCAGAUGAGACGAGUAACACGGCGUCUGAGCAGGAGGACAGCGCCUACCGCUCCAGCACCAGUGAAACUGCCCCCGCCGAGUCCUCCCUCACCCAGCACACGUCACCUUUACACCCUAAACACACCCAGAGGGCAGCAGAGGCUCGGAGAGAACUGCCUUUCCGACCUCGACUGCUUCAGAUGUCGGUGUCUGAUCUGAAGCAUGGAUCAGAUUCUGAGCGGGGAGACGAGGAGACGAGCGAGACGGAGCAGAGCCGCUGUAAAUCUGGAGUCGCUCUCACCACGUAUUUCUCUGUGGACAACUGCAUGACAGACGCGUACAGACUGAAGUACCAUCACCAGAGACCGCUGGUGCUCAGCAUGGCUUCACCUCCAUCGGAUCUCACCAAGAUCCGAUCUGACAUGGGUUCAAACAGCAAUAAAUCCAUGGCAAAGUGGCACAAGGUAACUUCGAAAGGACUGGACGAGCACGGCUAUCUGUGAAGGAGGGAGAGGGAGCGGGAGGGAGAGAGAGGGAUAGAGACAGAGAGAGAGACAGACAGACAGACAGAGAGAGAGCGAGAGAGAGAGAGAGAGAGAGAGAGAGAGAGAGAGAGAGAGAGAGAGACAGA